AUUAAAAAGUUUGCUUUAUAUGAUAUAUAUGUGAAUUUUCAAACAUAUUUUUUUUUUAGCAAAAAUGGAAAUGUCUGCUGCAGGUGGUUUGUUGUCAACUUAUUCAAUUUGCAGUAAUGCUGCUGGAAUUGCUGGGAACCUCUUUGCAUUUGUUUUAUUUGUGUCACCAAUACCAACAUUCAGAAGGAUCAUCAGAAACAAGUCAACAGAACAAUUUUCUGGGCUGCCUUAUAUAUAUGCCUUGUUGAAUUGCUUAAUAUGUCUCUGGUAUGGAACACCAAUUGUAUCUCCUGGUAUUAUAUUGGUUUUUACGGUUAAUUCUGUCGGUGCGGUUUUCCAGUUGGCUUAUAUACUCAUAUUCAUCGUAUAUGCAGAGCGAACAAAAAAGUUGGAGAUGUUGGGGCUUUUGCUUGGUGUUUUUGCUGCAUUUGCUGCUGUGGUUUCCAUCAGCAUCUGUCUAUUUCAACCACCAAAUCGACAAACUUUCGUCGGAUAUUUGUCUGUUGUAUCUCUCAUUUCCAUGUUUGCUUCUCCGUUGUUCAUUAUUAAUUUGGUGAUCAGAACAAGGAGUGUUGAGUACAUGCCAUUCUAUCUCUCCCUUGCAACUUUUCUAAUGAGCCUUUCUUUCUUUGCUUAUGGAAUGUUUAAGCAAGAUCCAUUUAUUUCUGUCCCAAAUGGGAUAGGAGGAGUUCUUGGGGUCAUACAACUGGUGUUGUACUGGAGAUAUAGCAGAUCUAAUGAGGAGCCAACAAGAUCUCUCCUGGAGUCCAAUGCAUAAAAUAACUAUGGCCGAGAAGA